CCUUUCUUUUUUUGCAAUUCAUCACCUUCAUUCAACAGGAAACACACCCAAAGAUUUCACAUCAGGGGCUUAAAUCUUGUGCUACGGCUUCUUCUGGGUCCCUCUCGCUAUGAAGCUGCGGGGUCUGAUUGAUCUUUGUCUCAUACUAUGUCUGACCUCCAACUCAAAUGGUCAAAUCUGGAGUAUUAAUGUCACUACACACAUCAAUGCAACACUGGGCGCAUCCAUGACCAUACCAUGUACAUUUACCUACCCGAAAAAACACCACACUAAGGAUGUUCAAGUUUAUUGGAAAAAGCCUGGUAAAACUAAAAUUAAAACCAGCGACAACGACAAGAAUCAGUUUGUCUUUCACACAAAUUCAACGUUUGUGAUUGAGAAGUACAGAGGAAAGACAAAUCUCAUUGGAGACAAAGCUAAUGGAGACUGUUCCCUCAAGAUCGUGAACAUCAUGGAAAAUGAACCGAAAAUCUAUGUGAGGCUUGUUGCAAAGGACCAGAACUACAGUUUCGUAAAUAAACCCGUCUCCAUUUUUGUGUCCGGUGCUGAAUCAAUCAAUCUUGGCCAAGGUGUUACAAGCCCCCCACUUUUUACCUUUGAACCCACACACAUAGUGACAACGCUGCAGACUUCGUACAUGUAUGCGGCCAUCUUUGCACCACUCUUGGCACUUCUCAUCAUCACUGUUGUCGCUGCAAUUUUCUGUCACGUAAGACGCAAAAGGUCACAUUCUGUCACCAGGGUGGAAUCUGGGUAUUAUGAAAAUUUUAGCGGAGCAUCGUCAAACCAAGCCAAAAGAGAAGCAUCCUGUGAAAAUCAUGAAAACAAAAAACUUUCUGAACUCAAGGUGAUUGACGACCCCAUCUACGUUAACACCGAGGAACUUACAGGUCACACGGAUGAAAGUACGGAUCAAACUCACAAUGUGUAUGGAAAUGUUGAUUAUUCCAAAUAGUACAAAAGCUGCAUCUCGCAAAUCUUUCUGCACUCAAACUUCUGUAUGAAAAUGCAACUUUUGAAUUCUGCAUUGUCGUGUGCACAUGUUCCUGUCUGUGCAAACGAGGUGUUUAGGAAGGAUGACAACAAGUCUGACUCAGAAGGAAGAAAGACGACACAACAUCCCCAAAGAGAUUGAAGUGUACAUGUCAUUGCAGAACAAAGAACAGUAGAUUUGCAACAAUUUAUUAUUUACUGCCUUAACAUGGUUGCAGAAAUUGUGAGAGGCCAUCCAGGAAUGGUUUAUUAUAUAACAUGAACUUUUGUGCAAAAAAUAUUGCCUGCAAGCAUGUUAGCAAGGCCCUUACCAGGACUGUAAAGAUUGUGGACUCUCAGGUACGGACCCAGGGCCUAUCAGGUAUUCAAGGACCUUGGACCAGAGCCUUGAUACCUGACAGGUAUCAAGUACACAGGGGGGCUCAUUUUCAAAUCAUUGGUCCUUGGCUAUAGGCUCGUAACAGGAGUUAGAAACAUGUAUUUAUAUUAUUUCAUAUGACAAUAUUUAAAGUUGUUUGCCAUUCAUGUAUAAUGCUGAAUAAACAAUGAAAUAAUUAAUAAUGUACAGUGUAAAAAUCGCCAAAAUCCCAAACCCUAACCCAGGAAUGUGUUUUAAGUGGAGAGUUUUAAGAUUCCUUGCUGAGCUUCCAGUGUAUAAAUGUCAAAAGUGUAUUAAAAAAAAAAAUCUGAUUUACCAGAUGAACCUUACCUGGUCUAGUCUUCCUAGAAAUCACAUCCAAGUUGGAUUUUGCAUCUCACAAUUAAAGUCCAGCAUAGAAUCGUUUUUUUUCAUGGUUUCCUUUUUAUUGUUUGUAUGUUGCAGUGCAAUGGGCGCUGAGGCAUUAACCUGUCACUAUCAAGCAGUUAGUACAUCGAUUUUGCGAGUUGUUUGCUACACCUCAUGACCAGUGUUCUUUUCUUCUCUGAAUCUAUUCAUGCAAUCUUUUCGACUAGUCUUAAGACUGCAGAGGGAGAACUCGUGACUGUAUAACUUCACUUGACCUUUUGGGUUUGGAAAAUGAGUACACAGUUUUUCAGAGUCUUUCUCAAUAUAACUGCAAAUGGAUUACCUGUUACAUCUAUUCUGGGGCUGAAGCUUCUGUUUGCUUUGUAAAUCCAGUCGCAUCUAAAGAGAUUGAAUUAUUACUUGGACUGUAAUGUUUGAGGACAUAAAUAAAGGCUUAACGAUGAUAAAGAAAAGUA